UGAUAAUGAUAUAGUUAAUAAUUUUUUGAUGGAAAUAACUCACCUUUCAAAAACUUGAAUGGAUCUAAAAAGAUGUGAUUGGCCAGUUGUGAAAUAUCGGAUUUGAAAAGACUGCGCGUCCUUAUUUUCUUUUUUUACCUUUUUUUUUUUUUUUUUUUUUCAUAAAUGCGAUAGGAGUUUCAAUGAUCUUUUCUUUCUCUUUUCUUCCCUUGCCUUCAACUUCCUAUUGACAUCUUCUGAAGGCAACUUCUCUUACUCAACAUUAAGCGACGUUCAGAGAACAAUCUGAAUAAUAUUAAUAAGAAACACAAUGAUGGGAAACAAAAGCCAUUCUUAAUGCAACCGGAUAGUGACGAUGACUUCGAAGACCCACCCACACAAAUUAUCAAAGGAAAUAAAAUUUUUUAUUGGUUCAAGAAAAAACCGAAGGUACAGGAUGAAGAGAAUUCAUUUGAAAACAAGACCUCGUCUGAUGCAAAGAAGUCAAAUGAAACCAAGAACUUCUCUGAUGCAAAAAAUUCAACUGGAAACAAGACCUCGUCUGAUGCAAAGAACGCCACUGGAAGCAAAACCUCCUCUGAUGCAAAGAAUUCAACCGGAAACAAGACAUCCUCUGAAGAAUGGAAAGACAUCACUGUCGCCAACAUUAGCGAUAAUGAACGACAUAUUCUCAUAUCGUUCUUUGACUUCAACAAUCCUUUCAUAUAUUAUUUUAUUGGAUUUGGGGCUGGCGACGCCUUUCAUUCAGACAAUGGAAAGACUUUUGUUGGCUUCAUGCUACGGGCAACCGAUUUCGUGUUUCUAUACAAAUUACUGGAAAAGGCGGGUGUUUCAGUAGUGGAUCUCAAAUUCUAUGCUAAUGACAAAAUAUCUACUGUCUACAAAGCGGCUUAUUUAGGGGUGGUAAAGUGGACAAUGACGCGUGAACUCUUUGGUAAUAAGUGGGACAGCUUAGGAUUGCCCUCCUCAAGAAUAAAUCGGGUUGUACAAAAAAAAAUCGAUAAUCUGAUCACAGCAGUGGACAAGGAAACAUUCACUUAUCAUCUACUCCUACUGAUUCUUGGAUACAUUACUGCCGAUGGCUCUGUUACAACAGCGUUCUACAAGAAAGAUGACGGUCAUGGUGUUCGUAUUCAAACUGUAAAGCUUAUUGGUACAGACGAAGCAUGGUUCGACUAUCUUAUGGCUGGGUUUAUGGACGAGCGUGUUGGUGGUGUCGCAUACAAGUCAAAACAAACAAAACAAGGCAAACGCAAGGACGGUAUGGAUCACAAUGAUUUAUAUACUAUGGUGAUCAGUAGUCAAUCUUACGGUUUAUUGCUGGCAACGUUGGAUCGAAGGGUAAAAGAACAGAUACCGGUACAUCUCAAGCUUAAGUUUCUUCAUUGUCUGUUGAAAAAAGGUGUUGGUGACAUCGGCCUUGCAAACCUUAGUCGUGGAAAUCGACUCGCAUUUGGAGAAUUCGUUGAUUUUAAUGAUGGUAUCUCUUGUGUUAUCGGACAAGAUCUCUACAGUUUGAACAUGUUCGCAGUAAAUGACAUACUGACAUCAUGCGGGAUGGAGAACGUAACAACAAACGACGACAUCAAAAUUGAGGAACUUAUCAGACAUGCUCAAAAUUUCACACCACCAAACGACGAUAAACUUGGUGGAAAUUCCGUUAAGUACUUUCAAACGGUUAUGAAACGACAACUCACUGCCGAUAUUAGACAUCCACAAAGCCCAACAUUCGGACCAAUCUUCUACCGCUGUGAUAUAUGUAACUUGAUCUUUUAUACAUCCAGCAAUCUCAAGAGACACAAGAUGACCCACCAAACAAAAAUGUUCAAGUGUGAAAGAUGUGGCAAGCUCCUUGGUACGAAUUGCAACCUCCAAAGACAUAUGGAGACUCAUGACAACACCACCUACAAGUGUCCGAUAGACGGUUGCUCCAAGAUAUUCAAAAAUUCAAAAAGUAUUCGACGACACGUCAGAAACAUACAUGAAAAGAAGUAAAAGAAACAAUAUCCCUGUCCACAACUGCAAACGUAUCCUCACAAGUCGUAGAAGUCUAGAUUAUCAUCUCAAGUCGUCACGCGCACAUAACCCUAUCCAAGAAACCUAGAAAUGAAUGAUUGAUUUUUUCUUUCAUCACUUCUAUUUUCUUUUGCUAUUUAUGUUAUCUUUUCAGCACUUUUAUUUAUACUUUUUAUGUCUGAUUUACUCUUUCGUGAAAUAAAAUAUCUUUAUCUUUUCUCUUC